AUGAUGAAGUUGGGGUCAGUGGAUUCUAAAAUCUUAAGGGCGGCUGUUAUCAGCAAAGAUUGAUCUGGAGAUCGGUGGUCGGUGGCUUCCAAAGCACCGUCGCCGGUCUCCCCCUUCUUUCUCCCUUCUUUCUCCCUCUCUUCUACUCCGUCGCUCUGCUCGUGGAGUUUUUCUUUGGUUCUGUUUUGGCUUCGAUCUGGUUUCUUUCGUCGUCGUCGCGGCUGGCUGUCGGCGGAUCUCUGGUGGUCCGGCUCUUUAGAGCGACGGAGCGGUACUGCCGAUUCACCUCAGAGUUCUGCUGGCUGGUGGCUCUUUCCGGUUUAUAGUUCACGAGUGUGGGUUUUAUCCUUUGAGGGUUAUGGUGCUUCUGCUGCUCGCCGAUCCAUCUUCAGUUUCUUGGCCUUGCUUUCGGGACGCCUCUGUGAAAAGUAUUGCUGCGGAGGUAUCUGCUAG